AUGGGCACCGGGAUCUGAACUCUCUCUGCCUCCCUGGCAGAGCGCAGCGAUCGCUCACUCAGAGGAGCGCUAUUCCUUCGCGCUCCAGCCCUGGGCGCGGGUGCCGAGGAUUGGUUCUCGGUACCAUCGUGCGGCGCUUUUCAGGGGUUCUGCGCGAGCCCAGCUCCCCACCGCUGCCCGGACACACCAAGAGAACGCAACUCCGGAUUGGACGCCGGAGAAUUUUGUCAGCCCUGCAAAGGCGCAGAGAUUCUGCUCUCCUGGCCGCCUCCCGCCUGGGACCGCAGCCCCUCGCCGGCUGCUGGGUCUGCCCGCCCUGCCUGUGCCCUGUGGCUUUAGUGAACCCGGAUUCAAGUCCAGGGAGUCUGCUCUGGUCGGGCCCUCUCUCGGAACUGGGGAGCGGAGAGCAAAGAGAGGACUUCGUGAAAGGGAAAGGAGGAAGGGGUGUUCGAACCCGUCAAACUUGGGGGUCACACGAUUCUUGUGCUAGUCGCAGGCCAAGUGGAACUGCACUGAAAAUGGGCCCAGUGGGUGCAGAUGCUGAUGAAAACCAGACAGUGGAAGAAGUGAGGGUGGAGCAGUAUGGACCCGAGCAAACCACUUCUAGAGGCGAGCUGGCCCCUGACCCUGAGCCAGAGCUCAUCGAUAGCACCAAGCUGGUCGAGGUACAGGUGGUCCUUAUCUUGGCCUAUUGCUCCAUCAUCUUGCUUGGGGUGAUUGGCAACUCCUUGGUGAUCCACGUUGUGAUUAAAUACAAGAGCAUGCGCACGGUAACCAACUUUUUCAUCGCCAAUCUGGCUGUGGCUGAUCUUUUGGUGAACACACUGUGCCUGCCAUUCACUCUUACCUACACUUUAAUGGGGGAGUGGAAAAUGGGCCCUGUUCUGUGCCACCUGGUGCCCUAUGCCCAGGGCCUGGCAGUACAGGUGUCCACAAUCACCUUGACAGUGAUUGCUCUGGACCGGCACCGGUGCAUCGUCUACCACCUGGAGAGCAAGAUCUCCAAGCGGAUCAGCUUCCUGAUCAUUGGCUUGGCCUGGGGCAUCAGUGCCCUGCUGGCAAGUCCCCUGGCCAUCUUCCGGGAGUACUCGCUGAUUGAGAUUAUUCCGGACUUUGAGAUUGUGGCCUGCACAGAGAAGUGGCCCGGUGAGGAAAAGAGCAUCUAUGGCACUGUCUACAGUCUUUCCUCCCUGUUGAUCCUGUAUGUUUUGCCCCUGGGCAUCAUAUCUUUUUCCUACACCCGUAUCUGGAAUAAGCUGAAGACCCACGUCAGCCCUGGUGCUGCUAAUGACCACUACCAUCAGCGAAGGCGGAAGACCACCAAAAUGCUGGUGUGUGUGGUGGUGGUGUUUGCUGUCAGCUGGCUGCCCCUCCAUGCUUUCCAACUUGCUGUGGAUAUUGACAGUCAUGUCCUAGACCUGAAGGAGUAUAAACUUAUCUUCACCGUGUUCCACAUCAUCGCCAUGUGCUCCACCUUCGCCAACCCCCUUCUGUAUGGCUGGAUGAACAGCAACUACAGAAAGGCUUUCCUCUCGGCCUUCCGCUGUGAGCAGCGGUUGGACGCUAUUCACUCUGAAGUGUCCAUGACAUUCAAGGCUAAAAAGAAUCUGGAAGUCACAAAGAACAAUGAGCCCAAUGACUCUUUCACUGAGGCUACCAAUGUCUAAGAAAAGUGGGUGUGAAGAAAAUUUGGAUGAAUUCUGACCAGAGCUAUACAUCGGGGUGAUGAAAGCUCACAGGUGCAUUUUGAGUCCCCAUUUUAAGGAAGAAAAAGAGCAUCUGAAUGGAAACAUCUACAGUUUAAUUCCCGGAAAACUGGUUGGUGGAGGUUAGGUGAAAAUACUCAUAUUCAAAGAUAGGGCCAUGGAAGGGUUUGGUUACAGUUGAUUUGUUAAAUUAUGAGUAAAAGCACGGAGAAAUACUUUUGACUGUUUUCUCAGAGUGAAGAAAACCUGAACAAAGAAUUGACGUUCUCAGCAUUUCUACAAGGUGGUGGGUAAAUAAACUGAUUUUCAAAAUGCAUUAGGACCUGGAUCGGGGAUGUGUAAUUCAUUGCUCCCCCCUCGUCUGAUGAAAAGGCUACUAAACACAAAUUUCGUUGGGGAGCCACAGGCUGUCCUUUAUUGCAUUUUGUUCUUAUUGCUCUUCCUAUAGAUGAAAUCCAUCAGGAAACGCUGCAAGUAAAUGUUGCCAACUAUUUGAAUGACUUUAAAGAAAGGAGCUGAAAUUUGCUGUAUAAUUAAUAUUUUGGCAAACGAAGGAAUUUUCCAACACUCAACUAAUUGUUCUUUAAACCAAAUGCAUGUUUGAUGAAAGUUUCUUCAACUUAAAGACUGAAAUUCUCAAAAGGAAUGCAAACCAUCAUUUAAUUUCUUAUUUCAAGCCAUUCUUGCUUUAAAGAGAUACCAUUUAGAUAACAAAGAAACAUACAAUUUAAUACUUUAAAUCAUUGCUAAUUGUUAUACCUUAUUAUUCCUAUUGGAGGUAAGUUUGCACUAAAAAAUUAAAUCAGAUUAGAAAGUAAUUUUUGUGGCAUUUUGUGAUAAUAAGCAAUUUUUGCACAGCUCCAUAACUCUCAUAUGUUUACAGGGCACUGCAGUGUUAUUUUCUUUGAAAUUCAUCUUCCUCAUACCCAUUCACAAUAAAUAAAACAAAUAAUUUCAUUAAAAUGGACUGUGGUAAGUAAUACUGAAAACCCUGGAUUCAUUCUACUGUGGAAAUAUUCUGUUUCAACCCAUUUCACAUAAGUUAUUUGUCCUCUUUUCAAAAUGAUUAUUUGUUUUUUGAUAACCUAUGAAUAUAUACAUAAUAAAAUUAUACCUAUAAAUGUAGAACAUAUUAAUAGAUGCUGUACUAUUUUUCAUUUAAUUACUUUAUGAAUAUAAUUUUUAUUUCAAUAGAACCCAACCAAAGAUGCUUAAAGCCCUAUUACAUUCAUGAAAAAUAAUUGAGAUGUUAAAAUUGUCAUAUUUCUUUGGAUGCUAUUAAAGAAAUUUCACUGUAGUCCUAUUUUUGUAAUUAUGAUAGAAUUUGUGAAUAUAUUUUUCAAAUUUUAAGUAAAUUUAACAUGAAUAUUACAUUUGGUUACAACAUUAAUUUUGUGAAAUGAAAAGCUUCAUUAUAUGGCUAUAUUUAAAAUUCAUACUCUAGCUGUUAUUAAAAUAUUUCCAUAUUAGAAAUAAAAGAUUGAUUUUUAAGCACACUGUAUUUAGGAAUACUGAAAAAGAAUGAAAACAAUAGAAGUUGAGUUAGGCGGAAGAUAUAUUAAGAAGUGAACAAAAAAAUGUAUAUCUGUAAUAUAUCAUGGAACUGAAGAAUUCAUUUUUCUGUUGGAUACAGCAUAACUGUCUAAAAAGAAGCUUUUUGAUUUUUAAAUAACAUAUACUUUGCUUAAUAUAUUAACAGAAAUUUGUGAUUAAAUGUGUUCCUCCCUUUGGAGAAUUCUUAUACUAUAUAUUAUUGUAUUAUCUAAUUGCAGUAGUAAUUUAUUAGAAUCCAAUUAAUGAUUCAGUUAACAUAUCUAAUCCAAUUUUUUAUGUCCAUUCAUUAAUAAAAUGUCUUUCAUUUAGUGCUUUUGUUGUUGAA